CAUCUAUACAAUAUAAAUACGCGCCGGUACUUGCAGAAAUUAUUCAGUUGCCAACCUUAGCAGCCUCAACAUGUACGCCAAGCUGAUCGUUGCUCUGUGCGCCGUGGGCCUCGCCCGUGCCGGUGGCCUCUACGAGGCUCCCCUGGCCUACAGCAGCCACGCCAUCGCCGCGCCCGCCGUGGUGACCAAGACCAUCUCCCCCGCCGUGUCCUCCUACUCCUCCUACUCCACCCACACCGCGCAUGGCUCCCCCGUGGCUGCCUACGCCGCCGCCCCCGUGGCUGCCUACGCCGCUGCUCCCGUGGCCGCUUACGCCGCCGCUCCCGUGGUCGCCAAGACCUACGCCGCUGCUCCCGUAGCCACCUACGCCGCUGCCCCCAUCGUGGCUAAGACCUACGCCGCCCCCGCCGUGGCCAGCUACGCCGCUGCCCCCGCCGUCGUGACCAAGACCAUCUCCCCCGCUGUGUCCUCCGUCUCCUCCUACUCCUCCACCACCUCCCACGGCUCCCCCGUGGCCUACGCCGCUGCCCCCGUCGUAGCUAAGGCCUACGCCGCGCCCGCGUACGCUGCUUACUCCGCGCCCGCGUACUCCGCGUACUCCGCCCCCGCUGUGGCUGCGUACUCUGCCCCCGUCACCACCUACGCCGCGGCCGCCCCCGUCCUGAAAUCAGCUGUCGCGUACUCCGCUGCCCCCGCUGUCUCCCACAUCUCCUACAGCGGACACGGUGCCAACUAUGGUUGGUAAACUGAAUCUAGUCUACCUGUUU